AAUGUUCGUGCUUUACAAAUUUAUACUGGAAUAUUAGGUGCUAUUUUAGAUCCCUCUCCUAAUAAUAACUGGUUUCAUCUAUCUUUACUAAAUACGGCUAGCUGGUUAAAAAUCAAUAACCGAUUUUUCAAACAAUUUGAUCAAAUGUUUUCAUCAAUUACUUUGACAUGUCCUCUAAACACUUUCCCUACAGCACAGUUGAUUGAUGAAGAAAAUAUAUUAUCCAAUAAUACACUACUGCAACAUCAUCCUGAUAUAGUA